AUGGAAAUGUGGAAUAACAUACAAUCAAGAGUGGACCUCUCAUAUAACAGUACGAUCGACGUUGGAGAUUCUCUGUUUAUCGAACUGUGUUUGUACCUAAUGCUACAAUUUUCCAGCCAAUCUGGAUCCGGUGGUUCAACUGGACAAACUCAGUCAAAAGGUGGAGCAAGUAGUGGUCAAUCAGCUAGUACACCAGCAGGAGGAGCAUCUACACCUAGGAGUGGUACUCAACAACCUUCAAGUCAACCAGCUAAUGAAGGUACUGGUACAAGUCCAACAUCGGGAGGUGGCACUCCACCAGCCAGUCCUGCCAGUGGUACCGAUGGUAGUGCUAAAGCUAGUGAAACUACUAAUAAGACGGGAGUUGAACUUAGUCUUAAAGCUACAGCUUCUACUGACCAGUUUGAUCACAAUAAAAAUAAUAAAAUAGUCACUUAUACGGCUAAAGAUACCUAUGGUUUCAAAUCGGUUAAAACAGGUGAUACUGUUGUCUGGAGCACUACUAAUGCCAGUGAGUAUGCCAGUAAAGUAGUUCUGAAUGGCAAGGGUAAUAAGAAAAAAGAAAACGAAGCGAAGGGUAAGCCUUGGAAUGAUGUGAGUUCGGAAAAAACGGGAAUUGAAUUAAAUUUGGAAAGUUCUGAAGGAACCGAUGAAUACGAUCGUAAAGAAGAUAAUAAUAAAAGGGAUAUAACUUUUACUCCCAAAGAUAGCAAAGCCUUUAAAUUGGUUAAAAAGGGUAAUGAUGAAAUAUGGAAGACAGACAAGGCCGACCAAUUUGCAAGUAAAGUGGAGUUACAUAAUUAUGAACAUGAUGGUGAGCACGAUGUUACCAUUACACUUCCUGAUCAAAAGACCAAGAAGUUUAUUAAACCUCAUAAAGAAUCAUGGAAAGAAAUUGACCCUAAUGGAAAAACAACCGUAACAAUGAAUGUUCACUCUGAAAAGGAGAGCUGUAAGUACAGUAUUACAGUAGAAGGGACGAAAAGAACAUACGAAGCCAAGGCUGGAAUCGUUUUUAAUAACGUCUUGGAAUGGGAUGGAUCAACUAAAUACGAUAUAUGGUCAACCAGUAACCAGGCUGAAUUUUCAAAGAAAGUGGUGAGAGAGGAUAAGAAAGUAACGAUACACAUUGGAGAUGAUGGUACUUCCACUAAGACGUUUAACAAAGGUGCAGAUAAUAAAUGGAUAGCAGCCACUUGA